UGUUUGUUAGACUUAUACAGGAAGGGGCUACAUUUGAGGACUGGAGUCCUAUACAACUGACGAAAGCUCUGUAUAAAGAGAUUGGGGAGAUGGUGGCGGUAAUGCUCCAAAAAGCUGGUUGCCAACCGCCAAACAACACACAAGAAGAAGAAGAAGAAGAAGGAAAGCAACCUGGCUGAGACAUGAACAGAAGUAGUACUUUAAAACUCUUUAGAUGUAUAUUUAGAAAAUGUUUGUCUCUACGAAUUUAUAGAGACAUAUGUCACCAAUAUUACUGCACUGAGUCCAGUUCUCCCGGUACCGGUCUGAGCAGAAUGAUGCAGCUAAAAAGUAAACUAACAUUUGGUCCCAGUUUUCAGGACUUCAUCAAGAGUUCUGAUAAAAGCGAUUUUGACGGCUGUGAGGAAUAUGAGGAGCAUAUUCCUAAAUACAAGUCAGCUCAUUCACGGAAAGUAUAUUUUGAAACAUAUGGCUGUCAGAUGAAUACCAACGACACUGAAAUUGCUUGGUCCAUUCUACAAAAAGCAGGAUACUCAAGGACACAUGAGCUACAAAAGGCAGAUGUGGUAUUGCUUGUCACUUGCUCCAUAAGAGAAAAGGCAGAGCAAACGAUUUGGAACAGACUUAAACAUCUCACUGCCUCCAAGAAAAGGAUUCAAAAACACAAGCGUUCGUUAACAAUAGGUGUCCUAGGAUGCAUGGCGGAAAGACUGAAGUCAGAGUUACUUGACCAGGAGAAGUUGGUGGAUGUACUAGCAGGGCCAGAUGCAUACAGAGACCUUCCUCGGUUAUUGUCUCUUGCUCAUGGAGGCCAAAGGGCUAGCAAUGUCUUAUUGUCACUAGAAGAGACAUAUGCUGAUGUCAUUCCUGUCCAUCAGUCUCCGGAUGGGCACAGUGCCUUUGUGUCCAUCAUGCGUGGCUGUGAUAACAUGUGUAGUUACUGUAUAGUGCCUUUCACUCGUGGCAGAGAGAGGAGCAGACCCAUGUCUUCCAUUGUGGAGGAGGUUCGCAUGCUUUCGGACCAGGGAGUAAAGGAGAUCACCCUUCUUGGUCAGAAUGUGAACAGCUAUAGAGACCUGUCUAAAUCGCAGUUCUUCUGUUUUGAGGGCAACACUCAACUCAGCAGAGGCUUCCAGAGUGUGUAUCGCACAAAACAGGGAGGCCUUCGCUUUGCAGACCUUCUGGACAGAGUGUCCCUUAUUAAUCCAAAUAUGAGGAUACGCUUCACCUCACCACACCCUAAAGACUUCCCUGAUGAGGUGUUACAGUUGAUUCAGGAGAGAAGAAAUAUAUGCAAGCACCUCCAUUUGCCAGCGCAGAGUGGCAGCAGUCGGGUUCUUCAUGCUAUGAGACGUGGUUACACUCGAGAGGCAUAUCUUGAGCUUGUGGAAAACAUUCGGAAAAUAAUACCAGGAGUCAGUUUGAGCAGUGAUUUCAUCGCAGGAUUCUGUAGUGAGACUGAAGAAGACCAUCAGCAGACCAUCUCCCUUCUCAAGGAAGUGGGCUACAAUAUUGGCUUUUUCUUCACCUACAGCAUGAGAAAGAAAACCCAUGCAUAUCAUCGGUUGGAAGAUAAUGUUCCUGCACCAGUGAAAAAGCGCCGUCUGGAAGAACUUAUCUCUGUUUAUAGAAAAAAGGCAACUGAAGUCAACAUGACUCUUAUCGGCAACACACAGCUUGUAUUGGUAGAGGGAGUGCAGCUGUGAGAGGGGCGGCGCCAAUUAUAAAAGCGUGCUGUUUGCGCUCUUCAUCGAGUUCUCUUCCUGUUUCCCCUCGCUGUUGUGUGUGUGAGCAGAUCGCUCUAAGUUCUCUGUGUGGCAGUGAUAUCUUUCUGUUUGAAACCUUUUUCCAAAGUCAUCUGGUGAGAUACUCUGUUAAAUACGGUACUAGGACGGUAACUUGCAUUAGCGUGGCUGAUCGUUUGUUUCAUGUCUACAACCCUGUUUCAAAGUAAUCUGGUGAGAUACUCUGUUAAAUACGGUACUAGGACGGUAUUCUGUUAGCUGUGGCUAAAUGUUUACUUACUGCUGAAUGAUCUAAGGGAAGGCCCCUUUUUCUUUUGUCCAGUUUUCUCUUGUUUAAUGGAUAGUUAUGGAGGUCAGAAUUGUUUUUCAUUUACGGAUCUUUAUUUUCGGUUUUAGGUAAGAAAUUUAAUAAUAGGUAGCGUACCUUGUUUUGUUUAUUGUUUUGACCUUUUUGUUCCCUGCUUCCUAUACUGGAAUUUUU